AAAAAAAAUAAUCACGUGAUCGAUCUAGCAGACGACGCGAUUUCAGCGACAAUUGUUACGUGAAAUCCUAUAUACCUUUACAAAUUUCUUGUAGAACAACAAAGUUCGUGGACGGCAUGUGAAAGCUAUAAUGAAGGAAUUUGCCGUAAGAUUCGUGCUAUGUAGAUAUAAUAUAAUAGAUAUAGCUCAAGUUUGAAGAUCGUUGAUUUUGAUGACAAAACAAGUUGGAAAAUCACCGCAUCCAAGUCGCAGUACCAAUCGAAAUUCGUCCGAGACCCGAGUAAAUGAGAAAUUCAAAAAGAAGGACUUAUUUCUUUUAUUUUCUGAGCUCCGAAAAAGUUUGCGUCCAUGGGCAAUUCACAAGUACGAAAAAAGAAGCAGACAGCUAUGACGAGUCCCGUGGUGAUCGCAGCCACCGCAAGGCAUACGGCCACGUUAAUUUUUUUCCAUGGACUCGGUGACACAGGACAUGGAUGGGCUAGUUCCUUGGGUUCCUUGAGGGCGCCGCAUGUUAAAGUUAUUUGUCCAACUGCUCCAACAAUGCCUGUUACUUUGAACGCAGGAUUUAGGAUGCCAUCCUGGUUUGAUCUGAGAUCAUUAGAUGCAAGUGGACCAGAAGAUGAAGAAGGUAUAAGAAGGGCUGCUGAAACUGUACAUUCCAUGAUUGCACAAGAAGUUGCAGCUGGAAUUCCUACAGAAAGGAUUGUUCUUGGAGGUUUUAGUCAAGGCGGAGCAUUAGCUCUCUUUAGUGCUCUUACAUUUCCUCAACCAUUAGCUGGAGUUGUAGCAUUAUCAACUUGGCUUCCAUUGCAUCAAAAAUUUCCAGCAGAAGCUGUAGGCAAUAAAAAUAUACCUGUUCUACAGUGUCAUGGUGACUGUGAUCCCAUUGUCCCAUACAAAUGGGGUCAAGCCACUGCAACUUUACUUAAACAAUUCAUGACUAACACCGAGUUUAAAACUUACCGAGGAGUGAUGCAUGCAUCGUGUGACGAGGAAUUGCGCGACAUAAAGGAUUUUAUUGAGAAAUUGUUGAAACCUUAAUAGAAAAAGUUAAAAAAUAAAUAAUUUAAUCGCUUCCCUAAUAAAUCCAGUCGAUUCCAGAACAAGAUGAUUCCAGAAUUAUUCUACUUCCAAUUUUAGCAAACAAUCAAGUUGAGCAACAUAGAUGAAUAUUUCAUCGACUUAAAAAGAUGCGAGCUAGAAAUGAGCAGUAAAAGAACUUUCUAUUAAAGUGUUUUAUCAUUGUCCUGCUCUAAAAAUCAAUUUCCAUUAAUGUGUAUGUUAAAACACACAAUUGCUGUUAUUAGCAGUAGAUAGAAAUUAAUUUAUUUCUAGACAAACUACUUACUGUAUUGUAAUAUUUUGUAAUGGCAAAAUAUUUUUGCAUUUCAGGAUGAAUAAUAAGUUACUCUAAAUCUUAUA